AUGUCAGAAUCAAAGGAGCAAAAUGGAGUGACAGCAGCUGAAGAGGAAGAAUCAAAUAGAGUUGUUGCUGUCGAUACCAAUCAGGAGGAAGGAGAGCUGCAUCAUGUUGAAAGCAAAGAAGAUAUGUUCGAAGAUGCAACUGAUGAUAUUGAAGAGAACCAGUUUCAAGAAAUUGACAAUAGUGCCACUCUGCUACAAGAUCACGAUGUUUCUUCUCCCUCUAUUGAUGAAUUAAGAGCAAUCCUUGACAAGACUCUUCAAGACAAACAUACCCUUUCUGAUGAGUUCAAGGAAGAAAGGGAGAGCAUUGGGAGGGAAGUUGCUAUGCUACGCCGGGAGCUUAAGGGUUUGGCGGAUAAACAGUCUUUGUCUGCUGAUGAUGGGAAUCAGGAAGAUAUGGCAGUUGAUAAUGAUGCUUCUUUAUUGCGUGGGAUGCUAAGUGAGUGCUCGCAGUUUGUUAAGGUUGCAUUGGAUGAGCGCUUACGGACUGACGGGGUGAUAAGAGAGCUAAAUCAGCAGAUUGAGGAUCUUACAGUGAAGGCUCGGGUGGAAGAGAGUGUUGAGGUUGUUGCAGACAGGAUGUUGGCUUCACUUGGUGUGGUGGUUUAUCCUGGGGAGUUGUUGGAUCAUUCUGUUAUGGGAAAACUGACUCAUGUUGAGCGAAGUGGUUCUUUGUUAGUUGAGCAUUAUAGCUGGAUGCUUUAUGAAAUUGAUCAACUUAGGGUGUGUUUAACUGAGGGAGGGUUUAGUUUUGAGGGGCAAGUGGAGUUUGGGCCUGCAUCGAUUUUUGCUGCUGCUCGUGGUGAGUUGGUGGAGCUCAAGAGAAAGGAAUCGGAGAUGGUCGAAAAACUAGGCCAUCUAGAGGAUGAAAGUAGGAAAUUGGUUGAACAGGUUGAGAAGGAAAAAUUGAUGGCAGAGGAAGCAAAUGCAGAACUUGGUAGAGUGAAGGUAGAACUUGAGCAGGAAAAGAAUAGGUUUGCAAAUACAAAGGAAAAGCUUAGCAUGGCCGUGACCAAGGGGAAAGCAUUGGUUCAGCAACGGGAUUCACUAAAGCAUGCUCUUGCUGAGAAAACAAGCGAGCUUGAGAAAUGUUUGGCUGAAUUGCAAGAGAAAUCAAGUGCUAUUGAGGCUGCUGAACUAUGCAAGGGCGAGUUGGUCAAAUGUGAGGACUUGGUUUCAUCAUUGCAGGAAACGCUUGCACAAAGAAAUGCAGUUUUUGAAAGCUUGGAAGAAAUUUUUUCUCAGAGUGAUGUACAUGAGGGACUUCAAUCAAUGGAUGUUAUAGAGAGAUCGAAAUGGCUAGUGAAUGAGGUUGCAUCACUCCAGGAAAAGCUUUUGGAAAAUAAUGCAACUUUUAAAAAUUUUGAAGAAAUUCUUUCUCACACUGAUGUUCCCAAGGAAGAAACAGAUCUUAUUGCGAGGUUGAGAUGGCUUGUGAAUUUGGCUUCGUCACUUGAGGAAACACUUUCACAGAGGAAUAAAAUUAUCAAGAACCUCGAAGAAAGUUUUUUCCACUUCAAUGUGCCUGUGGAACUUCAUUCAGUGGAUAUUGUUGAAAAGUUGAAUUGGAUUGUUGAGGAGAGAAAUGCACUCAAGGAUAACUUGCUGGAAUUCCACAAAUUGAAAGAUGCCUUAUCUUUAAUCGACCUACCUGAAACUGCUUCAUCAUCUGACUUGAAAACUCGAAUAGGUUGGCUUAAGGAAUCAGUUAACCAAGCAAAAGGUGAAAUGAAUGAGAUGCGGGAAAAACUUGCUAGAACGAAGAUAUCUGCGCAAAAUGAGAUUGACCGGUUAAGUGUUUUGCUUUCAGCAGAAAUACAAGAAAAGGAAUAUAUUGAAAUGGAGUUGAAUGUCCAAGCACGCAACUAUGAAGAUGCCCAUCAAGCCUCAUCCGAAAAGCAUCAGAUGGUGCAGAUGUUGUUAGAGCGUUCUGGAAUAACAACAGACAGUCUUGAAGCCUAUCAGAAUUGUUCAGAUCUGUCCAUGCUUGUUGAUAUAUGCUUUGGGAAGAUGAAAGAAGAAAGCAGUACUUCUUCUGAUAUUUCUGCUGUUGGUGAAGUGUUUGAAAGAAUGCAGAGUCUCUUGUAUGUCAGGGAUCAGGAGUUGAUGCUUUGCGAGAAACUUCUUGAAGAAGACAUGCUGGUGAGAUCAGAGGUGAUUAAUCUGUCCAGUGAGCUGAAAAUGGCUUCUCUAGGACUUGCUACAUUGAAGGAGGAAAAGGACACUCUGCAGAAAGAUCUUGAGCGUAUGGAGGAGAAAUCUGCUUUACUGAGGGAGAAGUUGUCCUUAGCGGUUAAGAAAGGCAAGGGAUUGUUUCAAGAUAGAGAAAACUUGAAACUUCUGCUGGAAGAGAAGAAAUCAGAAAUUGAGAAUUUGAAACUCGAGUUACAGAAGCAAGAAUCUAUGGUUACUGACUGCAGGGAUGAGAUAAAUAGAUUUUCUGCUGAUUUAGAGCAAAUCCCAAAGUUGGAGGCUGAUCUAGUUGCUGCAAAAGAUCAACAUGAUCAACUUGAGCAGUUCUUAUUGGAGAGCAAUAACAUGUUACAGAGAGUUAUCGAUUCCAUUGACAGUGUUGUCCUUCCUGUUGAAUUAGCUUUUGAAGAGCCUGUACAAAAGGUGAACUGGCUUGCAGGGUACUUGAAUGAAUGCCAGCAGGCUAAAAUUCAUACAGAGCAAGAGUUGGAAAAAGUUAAGGAAGAAAAUAAUACUCUGGCUAGUGAGUUAGCAGAGGCGCGACAAUCUAUGAAAUCACUUGAAGGUGCAUUGUCAGUUGCAGAGAAUAACAUUUCUCAGCUAUCUGAAGAAAAAGGGGAAAUGGAAGUUGCAAAAAGAGCUGUUGGACUGGACCUACAAAAAGCGAUAGAUGAAACAACUGCUCAAAUUAGCAAGUUUACCAAGGCUUGUGCGACUAUAAAAUCACUUGAAGAUUCAUUGUCACAAGCAGAAAAUAAUAUUUCUAUGAUCACUAAAGAGAGGGAGGAGGCCCAACUGAGCAGAGUUUCUACGGAGGCUGAACUGGAGAAACUAAGAGAAGAGUUUACUAUUCAAACUAGCAAACUUAUGGAGGCAUUGAGAACUAUAAAGUCUCUUGAAGAUGCACUGUCUCAGAAAGAGACCGAUGUUUCUUCGCUGACUGAACAAAACAAUCAUUUCCAGGAUGACAGAACCAAUUUGGAGAAUGAGCUAAAGAAGCUGACGGAAGAAGCUGAAUCCCAGACUGGCAAACUGACAGAUGCCUUUUCAACUAUAAAAUCACUGGAGGGUGCAUUCUCAAAGGCGUCAAAUGAUAUCUCUGUGCUGGAAGAUGAAAAGAGUAUAGCUGAGCAGAAGAUUUCUAUGCUUAAUUCUAAGUUGAACACAUGCAUGGACGAAUUAGCUGGAACCAGUGGCAGCUUAGAAAGCAGGUCUAUGGAGCUCAUGCAUCACCUUGGUGAUCUUCAAAUUGUUAUGAAAAAUGAGAGUCUGUUGUCCAUGGUCAGACAACAUUUUGAGAAGCAGUUUGAGAGCUUGAAAAAUAUUGAUCUCAUUCUCAAGGACUUAAGGAUCCACUUUGUUGACACAGAUCUGGAAGCACUGAAAAGUUACUAUAUAAUGGAGGAAGAUUCAUGUGCGACAAAACCUUUUCCUUAUGACCUUGGCAAUAGUGUGAACAGUGGAAUUGAUAAUGGUCCGGUGAAUGCAUUGGAUGUUGAUAACAUUUCCAUGUAUUUGAAGAAGACUGUUGAAGAAUUUCAGUUGAGAAACAAAAAUCUUGCAGAAAAUUUUGAAGGUUUCUCAAUUUUCACAGAUGAAUUUAUUGAAGCACUAUUGAGAAAAUUAAGGGCAAGCAAAAAUGCUGUAAGUUUUGUUUUUGAUUACAUGGGGAAUUUGAAAGAAAAAAUGAAGAAUAUGGAACUGCUUAAAGAGGAGCAUGAGAAAACCAUAGCCAAAUUAGAACAAGAUCAUACAAUUUUGCUAUCUGCUUGUACCAAUGCCACUAGAGAACUGCAGUUUGAAGUUAAGAACAAGCUACUGGAACUGAGCUCUAUUCCUGAGCUUGAAAAGUUGAACUGUAAUUCCAUUCAAGAAGCGAGUGAAAUUGGUGCUGACAACACAGCGCAUCUGCAAAGACUUGAUCAAAGAGAAUAUGCCAUGAUAGCGGAAAAGUUGUCAUUAGCUGCAACCAGAGCUCAAACUCUGGCUAAACUGUUUGAGAGUACAAGUAAUGUGGCGGCCGCAACAAUAGAAGACUUGCAGAACAAAUUGGAGGAAAGCACAGUAGCUUCAGAAAAAGCCACAGAAAAUAGCGUUAUAGUCCAAAAUAGGGUUUUGGAUUUGGAGACUGAUGUCGAAGCAUUACAAAAUUCAUGCAAAGAGUUGAAACUCAAAAUAGCAGAUUACCGAGCUGUAGAGGAAAAGUUGAGUGGACAGGAAGCAGAACUGUCAGGUUUACAAGGUAAUCUGUUGUUGAAAGAUCGAGAGGCUGGAGAAUCUCUCAUGUCUGCAUCGCAAUUGAAAACCCUUUUUGAGAAGAUAAGUAGGAUUGAAAUUCCUUUUGCUGAUUCAGAAGUAGGAGGUUUGGAACCCCAUAGUUCAGCUGAUGUAAAGAAAUUGUUUUACAUUGUUGAAAGAAUAUGUGAGUUGCAUGAUCAAUUAAAUGCAUUAUCUCAUGACAAAGAAGAGCUACAAUCGACCCUGUCAACAAGGAUUCUUGAAAUCGAGCGUCUGAAAGAGGAAACUGAAGAACACUUCAGAAAUAGGCAAGAUUACGAAAAGAUGAAGGACGAAAUGUCUGAGCUAUUGCUCGGUCUAGAGAAGCUUAUUGAUAUAUUGGGAGAUCAUGGAUUUGUUGGGGAAAAAAAUCCUCUGGAACUUGGUACGGAGUUACUUGGGAGUCAGAAAGUUAUAGAUGAAUUGUCAUCCAAGAUUAAAGUACUUGAAGAUUCAUUCCAAAGUAGAACUGCUCAGCCAGAGAUUGUUCAGGAAAGGAGCAUCUUUGAAGCACCCUCAUUGCCUACUGGCUCAGAGAUAUCUGAAAUCGAAGAUACGGGAUCAGUUGGAAAGAAUGGAACAUCUUCUGUUGCCUCAGCUACUGCCUCAGCUGCUCAUGUGCGAACUAUGCGAAAAGGAUCAACCGACCAUCUUGCGCUCAAUGUUGAUCUGGAAUCUGGUAGUCUGAUCAACAACGAGGAAACUGAUGAGGACAAAGGUCACGUCUUCAAGUCCCUUCACACAUCAGGUCUUAUUCCAAAACAAGGAAAGUCAGUUGCAGAACGAAUUGAUGGGAUAUGGGUAUCUGGCGGCCGAUUGCUAAUGAGUCGUCCCAGAGCAAGGCUAGGCCUUAUUGCCUACUGUUGGAGGCCAUCAACUGUUAUGACUUUGCUUACUAAUGCCUCAGCUACUAUUUUUUCUGUAAUCAACCACAUAUCAUGGGCAAAUUCUACCUUCAUGGGUGGGAAGUUUAGUGGCCUCUAUCUAAAUGAUUCUUGCCAGUGCUUGCAGUUACCUGCCAAAUCACCUAGGGGCUACAAAUUUGGCACGAGGACUUUUGCCAGACGGAAAUCAGUGAAGAAAUGGACAAGGGAUGGACAGUCCCAAAAUGGUAUAGCUCUGCAAAGUACCGAGAAGAGUUUAGAAGAAGAGAGAAAGGUCUUAUCAGACAAGUCUCCUUUAGAGGAUAAUUCUGUUGAGUCAGUGCAGAAUACAGUCAGCAAUACCGCUUCAAGAAGUGAUGUGCUUCAGGCAUGCACUGUCACUUCUGGGUUGAUAGCUGCUUUGGGUAUAUUAAUUCGACAGGUAUCUCAUGUCGCCUCGGUGGAAGGACUACCAAUACUCGACUGCUCCACAGAAGUCUCAUUUGGUACUGAGAUGUGGCAUCUUGAGUUGAUUACAGGAUUGGUCAUACUGAUUUCAUCAUGCAGAUACUUGCUACUGAAGACAUGGCCAGAUUUUUCUGAAUCUACAGAAGCAGCAAAUCAGCAGGUCCUUACAUCACUUCAACCUUUGGAUUAUGUUGUUGUUUCAUUCUUGCCUGGGGUUAGUGAGGAACUUCUUUUCCGAGGUGCACUGCUGCCCCUUUUUGGGAUGGAUUGGAAGAGUGUCCUUCUAGCUGCCACCAUAUUUGGUGUUCUACACUUGGGAAAUGGUCGAAAGUACUCCUUUGCUGUCUGGGCAACCUUUGUUGGAUUUGUAUAUGGCUAUGCUACCGUUUUAUCUUCAAGCUUGGUCGUACCAAUGGCUUCUCAUGCACUGAACAAUCUAGCCGGUGGGCUCUUGUGGAGACACACAUCAAAGUCAGCAAAAUAG